AUGCUGGUCAAAGUCUUCAACAUUUACAUUCGGUUGUAUAUGCUGAAACUCUGCCUUCUCGGUUGGGGAUUCCCAGCUGCUGUAAUUUUAAUCAUCAUUGCAGUAAGCACAGACAAUUAUGGUCGGUAUUCAGUUCCUGUCAAUGGUAAUUACAACACGACUGACAUGUGUUGGAUAAAAAACCAGACAGUGCACUAUGUUACAAAUAUUGCAUAUUUCGCACUUGUGUUCCUGAGUAACUCAAUCGUGCUGCUAAUUGUGGGUGUGAAGGUGUUCAGAUUGAAAGGGAGAGAUAGAAAUAGUGUAAUCACUGUACUCGGCUUGACCUGUCUACUGGGCAUUACCUAUGGCAUAGCUUUCUUCUCAUAUGGACCUCAGAGUGUAACUGCAAUGUAUCUGUUCUGCAUCCUCAACCCUCUCCAAGGCUUUUUCGUAUUUCUGUGGUACUGCAUGUUAAUACGAUUGCCCAGUCGCACGGUCAGCGAGACAAGUAAAAAUACAAUCCCUGAAUGAAGACAACUGAAAUGUGCUGCCAUCUCUUUCUGAAUCACAAUGUUAAACUUUCAUCUCUCAUUUCCCAUCACAGAGCAGCACACCAGGGACGUAUUCAGGAAUUCUGCGAGGGCCCCAUAACUUUCCAUCACUGAUAGAAAAGGAUGUGGCCUCUGUACCUGAAUUCCUGGUGCAGCCCUGAAGCUGUGCACUGGAAGGACCAAAGAUCAAAGAGAGUCACCCCUUCCAUGUGCACAGAUUUCCCACCAAUUGAUUCCAAACUGUGUUCAGGCUGUUUCAGCUGAGCCUGAUACAGAAGCUGUCCGGCAUUGUCCAAGAAUGUUGGAGCCAUACGCCAAACCAGUGAGAGGAAGAUGAAAUGAGGGAGGCUCAUGUGCAGCAUAAUCAGUGACACAGCCCCGUUGGGCUGAAUGGCCUGUUUUGUGCUGCAGAGUUGAUGCCAUUCUAUUUAGGAUUGCAGCCUCUGCUGUUCUUUGAUGCAUUCAAUAUGCUUUUUUUGUGUAUUUUU